GAAGAGCGCAAACGGCGCCACCGUGACGAAGAUACAGACAGAGACCACAGAAAGUCUCGUAGACGGGACCCAGACCGUGACAGCCGCCGGGAACGGGACAGAUCACGCGACAGACCCUCUCACCGCGACCGCGACCGCGAACGUCGUCGCUCGCGCACCCCAGAAUCCUCGUCCUCCCGUCGCGACCGCGAUCGCGGCAGCGACAGACACAGACAUAGACACCGCGAGGACCGCAGCCCCCGUCGCAGCCGGGGAGAGGAGCCAAAGCGCAUCGAACCCCUCAAGCGCUCCGGUCCCCUGCCGUCCCAGGAGGACUCCUUCGCCGUCACCAACGGCGAGGAACCCGAGAAACCCAAGGAGAAGCCCAACUACAAGUCCUCCGGUCUCCUCGCCGCCGCGUCCAACUCCAUCCAGCAGGCCGACGGCACAAACAUUGCCCUCAAAUACCAUGAGCCAGCCGAGGCCAGGAAGCCCCCGCCCAAGGACCAGUGGAAGCUAUUCAUCUUCAAGGGCGGCGACGUCGUGGACACGGCCGACCUGGCGCUGCGCAGCUGCUGGCUCAUUGGCCGUGAUGCCGCCGUCGUCGAUCUGCAGGCUGACCACCCGAGUCUGAGCAAGCAGCACGCCGUCAUCCAGUUCCGGUACACGGAGAAGCGCAACGAGUUUGGCGACAAGGUCGGUAGGGUGAAGCCCUAUAUUAUUGAUCUCGAGAGCGCCAAUGGAACCAUGGUCAAUGGCGAGAAGAUUCCCGAGGGGCGGUACCUGGAGCUGCGCAACAAGGAUGUCGUCAUGUUUGGGCACAGCACGCGCGAGUACGUGCUGAUGCUGCCGCCGAAA